UAUGUGUAUAAAAAAGAGAAAGAAGGGAAGGGAUAAUGGAGAAAUAAUUGCUUUUAUCAAGUGAGCGGGAUCCUGAUUCUGAAAAGAUUGGAGUCAGCACAGUCUCCGCACCCCCUGCUCUCCCCCGUCUCAUCAUCAGCAGAGGGGGCAGGCACUGUGCUGCAAUCCUCCUCUCUCUCUCCUUCAGACCGCUCUUUCCCUGAGUGCAUCAGGAGCCUGCAGAGGAGCGGUGGAGGAUGACUGGCGCUAUCAGGGGCACCCUGCUCUGGCAUGCUUGGAGGAUGCCACAAACCAGGAGAGGAUUUUGAGACGGAGCGAGAGAGCCUGUCAACCACUGGCCAACGCCAACACAGCACGAGAGAGAGAGAGAGACAGCGAGAGGAGGGGGGGGGGGUCCACCUUUACCAGAGUAGGAAGAAGAGCAAGGGAGAAAAAAUUAAGUGAGAGAGAGGAAGAAUGUGAAAGAAAGGAAAAAUACCCCAAAAGAAAGCCAGCGCAAAAAACAGAGAGCCAAAAAAGAAAAUGGUGCAUGAAUAAUAAGGGCAACUUAACACCCUCCAGAUUUGACUUGACAAUCACUCUCUCCAGCCAGCUGCUCUGAAAAAAAGAGGGGGGAGCAAGUGAGAGGGCUGGCCGAGGGAAGGAGAGAGGACGAAAAGAGCAAGAUGACGGAGUGAAGCGAUGGACAGGAUCAGAUGUGUGUGAAUGAGUGAUGGUCUUGACGAAGAUCCAUACAGGAUCAAAACUGUGUCCUUCCAUUUAGCCCUCAUUAUGAUCCCCCACGCCCCGUUGGCCUGCCUCUUCCUGCUCCUCCUGUUGGGGGUGCUGGGGGAGCUGGUCCUGUCCAUCUGCCCCGCCGUGUGCUCCUGCAGCCGGGGCCACCGUGUGGUGGACUGCUCCUCACGACACCUCUCACAGCUGCCCCCAGGCCUGCAGCACAACAUCCGCUUCCUCAACCUCUCACACAACAGCCUUUGUGGUCUGGACGACCAGCUCAGCCACUACGCCCACCUGCGUACCCUGGACCUGUCCUAUAACCUCCUGGGUCGCUUCCCCUCCGGCCUGCCCAGAGCCCUCUGGGACAUCCGGGCCGCUGGCAACCAGCUCCGAGCCCUGGACAAGAACGACACGGCCUACCAUUGGAACCUGCGGGUACUGGACCUGUCAGCCAACGAGCUGGAGAGGGUGGUCUUCAUCAACAACACCCUACCCAGCCUACACGCCCUAAACUUGAGUCACAACCGGUUCUGGACCGUGCCCACCAACAUGCCUCAUAAUCUGGAGAUGGUGGAUUUGGCCCACAACUACCUAGUUCAGAUCCUCCUGGGAUCAUUGGACCGGCUGCCCAGGCUGAGGAGGUUCUACCUGCAUGCUAAUCGCUUCUCCUGGGUGCCGGAGGGGGUAUUUGACCGGUUGGAGGGGCUCGAGUUCUUGACACUUGGGGAUAACCCUUGGGCUUGUGAAGAGGAGGAGAACAUCACACGGCUCUUGCUCUGGGCCAAACAGACCCAUGCCGCAGUGUUGGGCUGCCCCUGCUACACUAGGCCAACAUGUGGGCAAGCCCAUCUGGCCACUCCAGGAGGGGAGUGGCACUUUACGUCCCACACAGAGCCUCCGCUGGGGGCUGAUGCCAGAGAGCUGGGCCGUGGAGGCCUCACACCGGAUAGAGCUGCAGUCGUCACUUCUGGGUACUUGGCUAAGUCUGCGUUGUUGGAGCCUGGGACGCAUGGAGACAGAGGGUCUGCCAACAGCUCGGGGGAUCAGACAUUGUUUGUGUUCAUCUCCACCCCCUUGCACGGCCUCUCCACACGCACAAGCACUACAGGGCAGCCGCACUCUGCCGCCAAGAAGAAAAACACAGGAAGCACACAGAGCAGAAGCCACGGAGUCCACACACCAAUCCUGUAUUCUGUAGUCACCUGGAACCUUCUAGUCACGGUGACUGCCUUCAAAGCCUUCUAAACCCACCCGUUGUCAGUACUAGAGUCAAGUCUUUUGGAGAGGGCUAACCCUAUGUACGUAUGACCCAGAAUGUAAAAGGGAGAGGUUUGUUAUUGUUUUCAUUUUAAAGAACAACUUUCAACUGUUACUGCCUAAAUGUGUAUCCUCUCAUCUUCCAACCAUUUGACCACCAUCUACAGAGUGAUGUUGUGCUGUAUGGCUAUAUCUUUCAAACUUGUAUACAAAUAAUAUCUAGGCAAAUGUAUACACAUACAGUGCAUUUGGAAAGUAUUCAGACCUUCCCUUUUUACACAUUUUGUUACGUUUCAGCCUUAUUAUAAAAAUGUAUUAAAUAUAUUUUUUU